GAAAUCAGAGAAAAUUGGAGUAAGUCUAAUUUGUCUCCCUGUCAUGCUUUUGAGUGAAUCACCCUCCUCAACCGCAAAACCGGGUAUAAUGUCUCCGCUUCAAAAGCCGGUGCACAUCAACAUAAACCACUUCCUAAACCCCCAAAAUAGUCAAUUUGCACUGGUUUUCGAAGAUGGGAGAGACGUUAUCAGACAAAAAUAGACUUAUCCGCAAAAGAAUCGACUUGCACUGGUUUAGAUGGAAUAGAUGUUAUAUCCGGUUUUGUAGUCAAAAGGACAAAAUAGACUUAUUGUCAAAAUUCUACGCUGUUCGCUAAUUUGGGCCGAAUUAAGCCGAAGCCUGCGCCGUUUGGGCUAGCCCGUUGAGGCCCAACUCGCCGAAUGCCCUACGAAACCAACCACACGAAGCCCGCGAGUUUUCCGUCACCUUCUCAGUUCACUCGACCUCGCCGCCGGCAAUGGCGCUCCUCCUCCUCCGCCGCCGCAUCCACCGCGGCCACAAAACCCUCCUCCCGCGCGCCUUCUCCUCUUCCUCCGGCGAGGGUAUGUUCCCGCCUCCGACGUCCGACCCCGCAUCCGCCGAUCAGCGCACCACCAAGCUCUCCUCCCACUUCGCCGAAAUCCGCGGCCACCUCAACGCCACCCCUCCCUCCUCCCCGCCGCGCCGCAUCCCCGAAUCACCGCCGCCCGACGAUGUCCGCCGCAGCCUCCACCUCUUCCGCAACCCCCAUCCCUCAUCCGGCGCGACCUCCGCCGCCGCCGCGAACCCCAGCCCCUCCUUCGCCGACGUCUUCCGCGCCAGGCCCGCCCCUCCGACCAGCCGCGCCACCGGAGCGGACGCCUUUCCCUUCAGCGCGCUCCGCGAGAGCUUGAACAAGAACCUGGGAACGAGCCCCACGGCGUCGGCGGUGCCCCUCCCCGGCGCCACCGCCAGUUCGCCGGACUGGAGCUCCAUCCUCUCCUCGCGGCAGAGACACGACGGGAAGCCGCUGCCGGAGUCGGUGUUCGGGAGGGAAACGAGGGGGGAGGCGAGGAGAGGCCGUGACGGCAAAGUGGAGGAGCAGCAGUUCAUCCGGUUGUACAGCGACAAUGAGCUCGGCAAGAAGCUCAGUGAACUGCGGCCACCGGUGGGUAAGGAUGGGAAGGAGUGGUUCUCCGUGGAGGAGCUGAGCCGGCGACUCAAGAAGCUGCGAGAGAUGGACAGGGAGGAAAGGGCUCUGCAGUCCGGGCUGGGCACCGACGUGCUGCGGGAUGCGAUCGUGACGCUGCAGACCAAAGAUCUGAAGACGAACAACUUGGCUGCAGCACAGAGUAUGUCGGCUUUGAUGGCCUUUGGCUCUCAGGCCACACCGGCGUACUUGCUGGGGAAACCGCAACAGGAGUUGGUGGAGAGGUACUUCCAUCCCGAUCAUAUGUCAUCAGCGGAGAAGAUGAAGCAGGAGCUCCAGAGUGUAAGGGAUGAGUUCAAAAUGUCUGAGAAUGACUGUGGUUCUGCACGGGUUCAAGUGGCACAACUUACCACAAAAAUCAAGCAUUUGUCAACUACUCUGCAUAAGAAGGACAAGCAUUCCAGAAAGGGACUUCAAGAGAUGGUGCAAAGGAGGAAGAAAUACCUCAAAUACUUGCGCAGAACCGACUGGGAUUCAUACUGCCUUGUUUUGUCAAAACUGGGACUUCGUGAUGUGCCGGAGUACAAGCCUCCAGAUUACAAGAGCAAGAGAAGCAGCAGCGGCAAGACCAAAGCCAAGAGAAAGAUGAAGAGAAAAAUGAAGGCAUAAGAUCUAAUGGUAGAUUUUUCUUCCCGUUGAUUUGGAUUUCGUGACCAGAAACCGAUAGAUAGAUUAGAAGCCCAGGAUAAGUGUAGAUUGGUCUCCUGGUCACUGGGAGUAACUGUGUUUUAUUUUGGAGCUGAGCAAAUAAUACCAACAAUCAAGGUUGCGUUUUACGGAUCAUAUUUUAUAGAAGAAAAAUGUUUGAAAUACUAAGAAUGCUCCUGAUCUACUGACGAUGAUUCGUGAUCUCAAAUACUAAUUUUUUGUUGAUUCACUCGUGUA